GAAAGACAAUUUUAGUAUUCUGUACAAAAGAAAAGAUUUUUUUGGUAUGGGGGAUGAUAAUGGAGCGAAAACUCGAGAGGCAGCAGCUUUACUUCGCCGAGCAGCAAAUUUACUGAAUCCAGACUCUUCUGGAUCAGCAAGUCUUAGAUCUUCAUCGACUGCUCAAGAUGGUAUUCUUGCCGAUCAUGGAGCUCCUCAACGUUUCCAAUCGUCAACACUAGACAGCACAUUGCAAGAACAACAUCAGGCUUCGUCAUCUCAAGCUUCCACAUCAAGAUAAUCUUGUUCGAUAAGAGAGCAGGAGUUUAGGCGGUUGUUUGCACCGUAUAAUCGAGCUAACAAUGGAAAGAUGUUUUCUCAUCCACCAGCAAAACGUGGUCGAUCUAAUUCGUGGGGACAACAAGAUUCAAGUGCAGCCAAAGUGAAGGCAAAAUUAGAAGAGAUCUAUCCCAGGCUGUUAUCAGGCGGUGGUUUUGAGAUAUUAAGAAGUGGUUUAUCACCCAAAGAUUUGUAUCUUAUUACCCUCCACCAAAUAUUGGAUAUUCUGUCUACUUUCUUCGUGAUAGGGCAGGCAAUUGCAUAUAUUAGACCAGUUCAAGCUGAUCUAGAUUCCUCAUCCUUGGAAACGGAUGAUCAUGCUCCUGCAGGAGAUGCUCCAGAAACAAGGAUAUAUCUAUUGGACCAACAGUAAAAUGCUUAAAUUGCUCAGUGCAGAUUGCAAUGAAUUCAAUCAGGAAUCAUAUGAAAACUUGAGGGCAGUUCAAUGAAGAAGAUGGAUUAAUAUCAUGAUGAACAUCGACAUUUAAAAGUUCUUUUGCGUUUGAGAUUAACUGCAGAACAGCCUCUUCAAGCUCGAAUACUUCAGCAAAUCGCAACGUAGUAUGAUAAAGAGAAUCAAUA